CCGCCGAGUGCCGCCGAGCGCGCGGCGCCGCUGCGCGUGCGCAUCCGCAAGGCCACGCCCGCCGACAUUCCGACGAUUCUCGGCUUUAUCCGCGACCUGGCGCUGUACGAAGAGGCGCUGGAGCAGGCCAAGGCGACGCCCGAGCUGCUGCAGACCAACGUGUUCGACAAGCAGUACGCGCACUGCCUCAUUGCCGAGCAGGAGGAGGACGCGCAGCCCGUCGGCAUGGCGCUGUACUUCUUCAGCUUCUCGACGUGGGAGGGCAAGCCAUCGCUGUAUCUCGAGGACCUCUACGUCUCGCCCGCAGCGCGCAACCGCGGCGCCGGCAAGGCGCUCUUCCGCGCGCUCGGCGGCGUGGCCGAGGAGCGCGGCUGUGCGCGCAUCGACUGGAGCGUGCUGACGUGGAACGCGCCGAGCAUUGCGUUCUACACGCAGGUUCUCGGCGCCGACAUGAUGCAGCAGUGGCGCACGUGUCGCCUCGAGGGCGAGGGCAUCAAGAAGCUG